AUGGAGUCAAGUACGAAAGAACUUGGUUUGUACAUUGCUUACGGUGCCAUCAUUACAAUGGCAGUGGCGCCCAUCUAUGCUGGAUCUUUGGGCUCCAUCAAGGGAAUGAAGAGACCUUCCAACGCGCCCAAGGCAAAAAAAUCAGACAAUCCUCUUGAAGAUUCCGAAGAUGAAGAUGAAUCUGUUUCUGAGAGCCUCUCAAGCGGUGAUGCUUAUUUAUUCCCCAUCAUCGGCUCCUGUGUCCUCUUUGGCAUGUACUUGGCCUUCCGCUUUCUCGAUAAAAAGUACAUCAACUAUGUGCUUACCGGUUACUUCUCCAUCAUGGGCUGUGCUGCUGUGGCAAAGACAUUCUUGGUGGUUGCAAAGAAGGUGACUCCCAUGAGUGUGUUGAAAAAUGUCGCUAAAUACAAAGUGACCCUCUCAAAGAGAUCAAAGAAUAUCUCUCAUAUCAGUUUCACAGUUGUGCAUGGCAUCCUUCUUGUCGCUUCCAUUGCAUUAACAGCUUACUACAGUUAUACCAAGAACUGGAUUGCGUCCAACAUUUUCGGCCUCUCCUUCUCUGUCAAUGCUAUCCAAUUGCUCUCGUUAGACUCAUUUAAAACAGGUAUGAUCUUGUUGAGUGGUUUGUUUUUUUACGACAUCUUUUGGGUCUUUUACACUCCUGUCAUGGUCUCCGUUGCCACCAACUUUGAUGCCCCUAUCAAGCUCCUGUGGCCUCGUGAUAUCAUCGAGUUCCUGUUCACUCAAACUGAGGAUGCUCGCUUCACCAUGCUCGGUUUGGGCGAUAUCGUGAUCCCUGGUAUUUUUGUUGCUCUCUGUCUUCGCUUCGAUCGCCACAUGUCCUGGAAGCGUAACCCUGUCGGUCAAUUCAGAUCCACCAAAUUUCCCAAGCCUUACUUUACCGCUAACCUCAUUGCUUACGUUUUGGGCUUGGGCUUGACGAUGGUCGUCAUGCAUUUCUUCAAGGCUGCUCAACCCGCUUUGCUCUACUUGAGUCCCGCUUGUAUUCUGUCUGUAUUGAUCACUGCUGUUGUUCGUGGUGAAUUAAAGGAUUUGUUUGCUUACACCACUGAAGAUGAAAAGGAUGACAAGGACAAGAAGAAGAAGGACGAAAAGAAAAAGAACCAGUUGCUCAGUCAAACUAUCAUCGAGGAAGUAGUUGCCGAUCCCAAGACAGGCUCCAUUGAGAUUGAAGAGAUUGAGCUGGAAGAGGAGGAAGAGGUUGAUGGGGAAGAAAAGGACAAGGAGAAGGAGGUAGCUGCUCAAUCUACUGGCAGCAAGAAGAACACCACCUCUGGUAAAAAGAGAAAGAACAAGAAAUAG